UUUGAAGUUGGGUUAGUUGUCAUCAGUCGCUGGGAUUAUAACUGAAAUUGAACGGCCGGACCACAGCGUAUACUUUAAAAUUUCGAAAGCGAAACACGAGGAGAAAAAUAGUCCAGUCGGACUACGUGGCUACAGAUCCGCCCCGAUGAACUGAUGACCAAAGGCUGGUUGCGGAUGUCGCCUGUUUACCAAACGUGUUCUGAGCGCUAAAGUUUUUGUAUGAGUUGAAGGCUUGCUUGUGGAUACGGGGAGGCACAGAAGGGAAGGCCCGUGAAAGCCUCGGCUUUGGAGUGGGGAUCAUGGCCGGCAAUUUUGACGCAGAGGACCGUGGUAGCUGGUAUUGGGGUCGUCUGAGCAGGCAGGAGGCUGUCUCGCUGUUGCAAGGGCAGAGACACGGGGUAUUUCUGGUCAGAGACUCCAUCACAAGCCCCGGCGACUAUGUCCUCUCCGUUUCGGAGAAUUCCAAAGUAUCGCAUUACAUAAUCAACAGCAUCAGCAACAAUCGACAGUCCGGCCCAGGUUUAGCCCCUCCGAGGUUCCGUAUUGGUGACCAGGAGUUUGAGGCUCUCCCUGCUUUGCUGGAGUUCUAUAAAAUCCACUACUUGGACACCACCACCUUGAUAGAGCCGAUCAAUAAAUCUAAACAUACCUCCUUCAUCAGCGCCAACAGCACUGGCCAUGGUGGAGGCCCUCCCCAGCGCCUGGAAGAUGAAUUUGUCCGAGCACUUUUUGAUUUUCCUGGCAAUGAUGAGGAGGAUCUCCCAUUCCGGAAGGGCGAUAUUCUCCGUGUCCUAGAGAAGCCAGAGGAGCAGUGGUGGAAUGCCCAGAAUUCAGAAGGCCGUGCAGGGAUGAUCCCAGUGCCGUAUGUGGAGAAAUACCGACCAGCUUCUCCCAGUUCAGUGGCAGGGCCCAGUGUACCAGGGGGACCACCAGGAGGAAUGGGAAUGCUAGGGAACUCUGAUGGCUCUGCAGCCCAGCCCGGAGCUCCUCUUUUGGGCGACCCCAGCCAGUAUGCCCAGCCCACCCCACUCCCAAACCUCCAGAAUGGACCUGUGUAUGCCAGGGCCAUACAGAAGAGGGUGCCUAAUGCCUAUGACAAGACUGCCCUGGCCUUAGAGGUGGGUGAUUUGGUGAAGGUGACUAAGAUAAACGUCAAUGGCCAGUGGGAGGGCGAGUGUAAAGGCAAACGUGGCCACUUUCCCUUCACACACGUCAAACUGCUGGACCAGCACAACCCUGAGGAUGAACUCAGCUGAGAUCUGACACUGGGCAGAUCGCCGCUCCCACGGGACACUAGUAUUUAGACCCUUCCAUCUCCUACCCUCUGUUACCUGCCCCCAUGCCUGGUACAGUUAAAGAGAAUCAGUGAAAACAUGAUAGGCCCCACCGGAUCCUUGUAAUGGACAACACUCCCUGUCCAGCUCUCUCCUCACCAUGCCCCGCAUUACCUCCCUCUAUUGCUCUUCCUCUGAAUGAUUGUGAUUCCCUUGCUUUCCUCUCCUCUUAUCGGCUCUCGAAAUGGGGGUCAUAUUCUCUGUAGUGGAAUAUGAAAGAACAUGAACAGAGCUGUCUGCUUAGGCUGCUGUUCCGUUGUUCAAGCCACACCCUUAGAUCCUCCCUUGUCACAUCCUUGCCAUGGACUUACUAAUGCCCCUUCUCCUGCCAUCCAGGGACGCUCUGUCACGGUUUUGUCGCUUCCACUUCCUGUGUUGGGCUCACUAGAUAACGGUCCUGUGGUGUCAUUUUCUUUCAUUGUCGUCGUCUGUCACCGCCCGUUAUUUGCAUCACUAUCACGGUGCUGUGUGGCCGCUUGUGUUUUGAGCAACCCACACACAUGCACAUGUUCCCACUUAGGCACAUGUUCACCCACGCGCACACGCACACAGACUGCGUGAGAGACAAGAGGCAAUGCAACCAGAGAAUAGUGGUGGUGCACUAUCAACAGGAAGACUCUGAAGGAGGAGUGAAACGUCGCAUAGAGGACAAAGACAGAUAAAGUUUGGGAACAGAACUGUUGUGAAGUUAGGCAAAGACCGACAUGCUGACGAUUUGUCCAUCUCCCCAACCCUUUCAUCCAACUCGAACAAAGCUGACUCAAGACCAGCAGCUAGGGACAAACUGACUUUACUCACACCUUUAGGCAAGACCCAAGUGCUGAACAUGAGACUUGUAGACUGCUGAUGGAAAUGAAGACACUACAGUCAAACCCUACCCUCUGCUUCACUACAAUCCCAUUUCCCACCCUUCCAUACCUAUGACCAAGUAGUCUUUUGUAAGGAAAAAAAAGAACAUAUUGUUAUAAAAUUAUGUAUUAUGUGGUUACCAUUACAUGCUAAAAUAUUCUUUUGUUAUCUUUGUAGUUUUGUUCAUAUUUUCUUAGCAAUUUUUUACUUUUGACUAGAAACCGUUUUGCUCCACACUUACAGUAUGUGAUGCAUGGUGAAAGGGGAUGAUGCGUAGUUAGUACAGAAUGGGUAAACUUACUUAGGGCCACAUCUGUUCACCUCCAGCUCCUGCCAGGCCAUGUGUAUUCUCAUUGUGAGUCUAAUUUACAUGAAUGAAGUUAGUCAGACUGAAUGUAGGUUGUCCAUGGUUAUAGUUGAUACAGUCCCUUCAUAUUAUUGCUCCUUUUUUCACUGAAUGUACUAUAGCAAAAUGGACUGCACUCCAGAUAGAUCUUGUCAAAUGUGUGCAAGAAAAGUGGAAAUUGUGUUGUUAGCUAGCUGUCCCCCAUUUGACCUCAUAAUAUUCUCAUUGUCUCCCGGCAAAACGUUGGACUUUCAUGCCUAGAACUAUCGAUUUAUCUCUGUGCCUCCCUUCUCAACUUCACUACAACUUUUGUAACCUUUGUUUUGUUUUUGUUUUUUUGUUCUUUUUUGAAGUUUAUUCAUUUGUGAUACGCCUAGUCCAAGUGGCUUUAAACCAUUUGGCUCUCAACCUCUGCCUUCUGCCAGGCCCAUAUUAAGUUCAGCUCAUUCUGUGCUUCUUUUCGAAUUAAUUUUACUCUCCCAACCAAUAAUUAAUGUCAAGAAGCCUAGCAGGUUAAAAAUGUUUGUAGUUUGUUUGGCUGUAUUUUGAUAAGAAGUUGAUUUCUUUUAAUAAUGAAUCAUCCUGCUUGACAUCUUAUUUAGACCUGACAAUCAUCAACCUCCCUGCUUUUAUAAUGCAAAGUUUGGUUAGAUUUAGGCAGGUUGCUCUGCAACACAUCAGACCAUAACGUGCUAUAAGUGCAGCUUAGUUCAUUGUUCAUCACUGAACCUGGGCCCAGUUUUUUUUAUGAGAAGCUGUAGUACUCUUGAAAGGUUCCCCAGAGCUGUUGCAUGGAUGUCAUGGUAUUUGUGCUCAACUGCGUCUCAAAUUCCACCAUUAGAUGGCACUAUGAUGGCAUUAGGAGAAAUGUGACUGCUCCUGAAAUAAUACUUUGCCAGUUCAUGAGGUUAAAGGAGAUAACAGUUUGUUUUUAAACAGAAUGCACUUACCAUUUUUACACUGAGCUUAUUAUUUUGGUUUUCCCUUGUGGUUUUUUUUCUUUCUUUUUGAAGAGGGGAUGCUGAAUGAUACCCUCCACAUUUCUUAUUCCAUGACUUUUUAUCUGUACUAAGCGAUGUAUGUUUGCCCCAGUUUUGCAUUGCUUUAUGUAAUUCAUUGGCCACUUUACAGACCCAUGGAUUCAUGAAGGGUAUUAGCUAAUAUAAAUUAGUGGCAGACUUUGUAGAAAAUCUUAUUUAGGGAACUUAACGUUGUGUUUCAAUGUUCAAAUUUGCCACAAUCUUAUUUUCUUUGUAACUAUAAACAAAAUCAUUCAUGUCUGCUUUUCCAUUCACUGUGCACAUGCCAGGUGCUUAGCUACAUAAUUUGUUUUUAUCAUUUGAUUUUUGCUACCAAUCAUACUAUCAUGAGGUAUUUUUAAUAACCUAGAAUAAAGUCAUUAAGGAAUGGGGCGUCAACAUGGCAAUGGAAAUUGUGUUCGUAUCAAAAUGUGCCAUUUUAUUAUAACACUAUAUUCUUUCAGAACGAUUGAAGUUAUCUUUUAUUUUCUGUAGCAUGUAAUGUGUCAAGAUAUACAUGAUAGUAAAUAAAGUCAAAAUCAUGAA